AUGGAAUUCCGAAAUUCCGUGAAUGUGCAUGGAACUGGUAGCUGGUGUUUAAUAUUAAGAAAUGAUGUGAUAACCCGAAUUGGAGGAAUCAGUGGUAUUGAUCCGUAUGCGAACCAACGUUCAAUAAUUAUAUUUGGCAAGACCGAAGACGAGAGAUCGUCCUUAAAAAAUACUUUGAAUCCCACAACAGUAUUAAAAAUUGAUCAAAUCGAUUAUAUAAUCAAGUGUAGUCCAAAUUUAAGUGAAUCUGAUCACGAAAAUUUCGAAUCGAAUUAUGAAAAUAUUAAAAAACUAUUUGAAUUAGAUCAAUCUGCUAUUCUUUUAUUUAUAAUUCAUCUUGAUGAUGAUCAAAAAAUUAAUGUCGAAUCAAUAAUUACAUUUAAAAUUCUUAAUGAUAUUUACCACUUCGAUAGCCAAUCAUUUUUAUUUAUUAUCGAUAACGCAUAUUCAAAUCCAUAUCAAAAUGAUAUAAAAAAGAGCCUCGAAAGAUUAUUGAAUUUCACCAAUAUUAAGGUAUGUUUUACUAGUAUAGAAAAAGAUUGUCGUGAAUCAUUGAUUCAAACUAUUCGAAAUUGUAAACCUACUCAGUAUGAUAAAAGUAAUAUGAAUUUAUGGACACAUGAACAAAUAACAAAACUAAAGAAAGAACUUGAAAAGAAACAAAAUUCUUUAAUUAAUUUAUUGAAGGAAAUUAAAAUUGACGUAGAGGAAAAUAGAGAUUUAUGUAUGUUUUCCUAUAAAGAUAUUCAAUACUAUUACGACAAUGAGAAAAAUACUUUAAGUUGUAGCAAUGAUCAGGGGAUCAAGCUUUUGAAUAAGAAAGAAUUUAAUAUUUUGAAAUAUCUUUUGAAAAGAGAUGCACUAUUUAAUAAAUCAAUAGAAAUUAAGGAAAAAUUGGAAAAAGGAGAAUUAUAUGAAAUGAUUCUAGAUUUUUUGACAAAACAAAACGAACAUAUUCAAGACAAUGAUAGCGAUAUUAAAAGUCAAAGACUAAAGGAAAUUGAUGAAAUUAUUAGAACCUUAGAAACUGUUAUUGACGAUAAUACGGAUCAACAAGUACCUCAAUUACAACGCGAACUUGCUCAAUUUGAACAAUGUUUAGAAAAUGUCAGAAAAUUAGAAAAAGAUAUUCAGGAAAAACAAGAACAGAUUCAGAAAUUCUCUAAAAAUAUCGCUAAUAUUAACAAAGAAAUGCAAGAGAACGAUGAAAACUUCGAUGAUCUAUUACUAGCAAAAAGGUCUCAAUUCGAAUAUACACUGAAUUCUUAUCAGGCUCAGGGGUUCAAAGAGCGCAACAGAAAUCAGUGUGAAAUAACAGCUUUUUGGGAUAGAUUCGAUACAGUGAAAGAGAAGAAAGACGUCGAAAUAUUAGAAGAACAUUUAGAAGAGGAACGUAAUGCUUUAAAAAAACUAGAGGGUAGUUUAAAAGAGAAAACGAAAGAGUUAGAGAAAUUAGAAGACAAAAAAAAUCAUUUAAAUAAUCUUAUUUCUGAAAUUAAUACAGAAAUAAGUACUCUUAAGACUAAAGCAAAUAGCAUAGAUGAAGGAAUCAGAAAACUAAAGGAAGAGGAAAAAAAAUUAGAAAAAAAAAAGUCAGAAGAAAUUCGUACGAAAAAAGCUGAAAAAAUUUUUUUGGAUGUAGGAGGAUCAACUAAAGUCGUUCCUGAUAAUAAUCAAGAUAGUCGUCCACAUAACGAUUGCGUCGUCACUCCAGGAGUAGGCUAUUGUCAUUAUCUAGGUGCGGUAGAAGAAGCAAUAGAUUUUGUCUCAAAGAAGCUUGAUUCUGAAGUGAGUAUAGAUGUGGAAGAAACAAAAAACCAGUUGCUUGCACACUUGUCCUCUUCGACGGAUUAUCCACAUUCUGUUGCAAAGAUCACAGAUGGAAAACACACAAAUGAUUUAAAAAUAGUUGUUGAUGAGACAGUAAAAAAAAUAAAUGAAUUGAGACAUGAAGCAGAAGAAAUCGAAAAGAAGUAUGACGAGACGAUACAAAAGAACACAGCAGAUAUCAAACAGAAAGAAAAAGAAAAAACAGAUAUUGAAAAUGAUAUAGUAAAGAAAAAAGAUAUUUUGUUAAAAUACCAACAAGAAAUCGUAAAUAAUUGUUUGACAAUUUUCAAUAUUAAAGAAAAUAUUAAAUAUAUCAAAUCAGGUAUUAAACAGAAAAAAGAGAUCAUUCCAAUUAUAGAAAAAAAGAAAAAAGUCUCCGAUAGUAGACUUCAGUUUGCAAACAAAUAUACUACAAUAAAACAGAAAGACGUUCCUAGUCAAAUUAAAGAGUACAAAGGUUUACUUAAAACUAUUAACCAAUCAGAUUCAUGUUCAACAUUUCUUAGAGAUCAAGAUCAACAAAUAACUCAAUUAAUAAAUUGUCUUAGUUGCUUAGUAGAUGAAAAUAAGAAUAAACGACCCGAUUCUAAAAGCAAUAAUCUUCCAGAUAAUUUGAAUUUAAAAAACAAAUCGGAAAAUUUACGCACGACAGUCUCAUCAUUAGAGAAUGAACAAAAACAAGUCGGGCAGUUAGAGAACGAAUUAUACAAAUUAAAUCUAGAAAAAAAACAAGCAGAACGCGAUUUACAGGAAAGGAAUAUUGUUCAUAAAUUCGAAGUCAAUAAACUUCAGUUGAAUUAUUUAAAACGCCUACCAGAGAUAAAAGAGAUUCAAAAGAAAUCAAUUUUAUUGAAUAAAUCAUCUCAAAUAAAUAGUCGAACCCAUUAUGGGUUUGUUUUGCGGGGUGGAUGGUAUGCUUUUCCGUUACCAGAUCUUGAAAAUGAACGAGCUCAACAGCAGCAUAUAUCAAAAAUUAAUGAUUUACUUAAACAUGUUGACUUAAUAGAUAAACACCUCGUUGAACUGAAAGCUGAAAGACAAACUCUUCUUGAUCAAUCGAAUGUCUCUUCAGAAGAAAACAAAUUUAUCCAGUUUAAAAAUAUUGAGAAAUUUUUAUUAACUCGAUUUAUUCGUUUGUCUGGAUUUGAUCAAUUAAAUAGUGGAAAAAUAUUAAGUCCAAUCGAAUCUUUUAUCUCUGUUUUGAUUGCUGAGAUCCUAGAUCAAUCUCAUUUGUAUGAAAUUGAUGGUUUCAAUCCACUUGACCCCAUUAUUGAACAAGGCUUAGAUAAAAUCCUAAUAAAAUUAGAAAAUCAUUCUGAUCUUUCUAAAGUUUUAACAGAAAUUGAUAAAGAAUAUUCCGAUGAAGGCCACAUUUCUAAAGUUGUUAUUUUCGAAGUAGGACAAGAAAAUAAAAAUCUAUCGAAUAUGGAAUUGUCUCUUUUUAAACAAGAUAAUCUGUAUUUUGUUUUAAAACAUGAUAAUCUGUAUUUUGUUUUAAAACAUGAUCAAGCAAUUAAAUUAAUAGAUAAUGAAAAUCUUAAUUUCAAAUUAAAUAUAAAUAAAAUUCUUUCUGAUCUAUCAAAUGAAACAGAUCUGUUAGAAGAUUUAUGUUACAAACGAAUAGCAUACGCCUAUAAACAAAAUUUACACAAAUCGAAUGAAUUAACACAAGUUUAUCAGAAUGAAAUCGAUCAAUUAACUCAAAUUUAUUCAAUAAAAGAAUUUAAUGCGAUAUUUUCACCAUGUACAAAUCCGACACUGUUCUACUUUUUAUCAAAUGUAGAUGAAAAUUUAGAUAAACUCGGAUUAAAAUUAAACAAAUUUGAUUUCGAAUUUGAAGAAAUAUCAAAUUUUAGUUUAAUUAAAAUAAAAGAUCUCUAUAAAACAGCUAUUGUUAAAGUAUUACUUCGUGAACAAGAGAGAAGAAGACAAAUUCGUGUAGAAAAGAUAACAAAAAAUGAAAAUGAAGAAAUUCAUUUGACAAAUCUUAUUCAACAAGAUGAAGAGAGAGAAAAACAAUUAUUAAAAAAACUAGAUGAAAAACAAGAAGAAAUUUUUAAAGUUGAAUCCGAUUUAAAUAAAAUUCUCGGUCAAUUGAAUCAAUCUGAAGAAAUUUAUAAAAAACAGAUUGAAGAUUUAGAAAACGAAAAGAAAAGUAUUUUAUCACAGUUGAAUAAUUUAAAUAAAGAAUUAAAUGACUUAAGCAAAAAUAUGAUUAACAAUGAAGAGGAAAUUCGAAAAAUAAAACAGAAAGUAAAAGAUUUAAAUACUCAGUCGCAAAAUGUCGGCAAGAAUAUAAAGGAGAUAGAGACAAAAUUAAAAAAAACGAUGGACCAAAAACGUGAAUCAGAAAGAGAGAAAAUCGAUUUAGAAACUAAAAAAGAACAGAUUGGAGUGGACAGAAAAUAUCAGGAAGAUAAAUUGAAAGAAAAGAAACAGGAAAUAAAUCAAAUUGAAGCUUGGAAAAAAUUUCUACAGAAUUUAAAUGAAGCUUUCCUUAGUGAGAAGAUCAGCAAAAAAAGACAGUCGAUUUUAAAUCAGAUAAACUUGACCAAAAAUUUAUCAGAAUUAUACGAUAUUUUACGGCAGGAUAAUGAUUUGAAAAAAAUUUUAUUCAAAAAUCUCAAUGAAAUAGAUGUUCACAAUUAUAUAAGCAAUCCUACCACUUGUGAAGUAUACUCUAACUUACAUAUUAGAUUAAAACAAUUAGCUAAAAGUUUCUUAGGUCCGUUGAAUGGUCAGUUAGUUUCUGAACUAGGUAUAAAUAUCAAAGGGGAUCCAAUUCAAGUUAAAAAAUAUAAAAUUUCUGUAAGUGGUAAUGUUUCUUAUCGAGAAAUUCAUCAAAAUUUAAAAGAUACGAUUGAAAGAGAGAUCAAAUGUCGAAAUGGUGGUUUAUUUUUCGAUGAAGAAUAUUUAAAAGUAACAGUAAAUGGAAUAAAUUCAUUAGAUGAUUUACCUAAUGAGAUAAAAUCGAUUAUUAAUGAUCGAAUAAAAAUAGACUAUCAACAACAUGAAUGGGAGGAUAGAUUGAAUAGAAAAUAUGAUAAAGCAGUUAAACAAUUAAAUGAAUUAAAGAUUGAUUAUAAACAAAUUGUUUGUUAUUCGAAGGAUUAUUAUCCAGGAAUUGAUUUGAUUGUUCGAGCUACACGAAUGAAAAGUGGUUACAACACAGAAUCUGUUACGUUGAUAACUACAGGAUCAGAUGCACGAGAAUUUUGUUUUAAACAAGCAUCAGAUGGAAGUAAAAAACGUGCAUAUACCGAUAUUCCAGAAGGCCAUUCUGGUUACGAUGGCGAAUUCGGUCGAGAUGGCCAACAUGCAGGAAAUAUUUUCAUUAAAAUAGAUGAGAAAAUCGAAAAGUUAGAAUUGUUAAAAUCUAUUAAGCUUUCAGGUGGCAAGGGAGGUUCCGGACAGUUAGGUGGAAAUGGUGAUAAGGGAUAUAAGGGAAAAGAUGGAGAAAAUGGGAAGGCAGAAGAUACUCGUGUAUUUGCAGGUGGACAAACUACUUUUGGACUUGGUCAGGUAGGAACAAAAAGUGGAGAUGGAGGGAGUGCAGGUUUUUCAGGGCGUGGUGGUAAAGGCGGGCAGUCAGGAAAGUUAAGCAUUAGUGAUAGUCAGGGCAACCGAAUAGAGGAAAUCAAAGGUUCAGUGUCACAAAAUGAAGGUUAA